UUAAAUAUUACAUACUACACAUAUAUAGUGUGCCAUCUCUUAAAUCUACAUAGUUUUAACUCCCGUAGGAGUGCCAAAAGAGACUUGUGUGUUAUAGUUAGUCGUUAAGAAUGGCGGUAGGCGGAUUGGUGAAAGGUGGUGGAACAGGGAAACAAUAUGAGGGUGGUGUCACCGGAUUUGUGAUAUUCACUUGUAUGGUUGGAGCCACGGGUGGUCUUAUCUUUGGGUAUGAUAUUGGAAUUUCAGGAGGAGUAACUUCAAUGGAUAUAUUCCUAAAGAGAUUUUUCCCAUGGGUAUAUAAAAAGGAGUCUGACAACACAAGCCAUGAUAGUGCGUAUUGUAAAUUUGAUAGUCAUUUGCUACAACUGUUUACAUCAUCACUAUAUCUUGCGGCCUUAGUGGCUUCUUUCUUUGCCUCCUGGGUUACUAGAGCUUAUGGAAGAAAGAUGUCAAUGUUCUUGGGAGGUUUAACCUUUCUUAUAGGUUCUCUUUUAAAUGGGUUUGCUCAGAAUGUGGCAAUGCUCAUUAUUGGUCGUGUGUUUCUUGGUGUAGGUGUUGGAUUCUGCAACCAGUCGGUUCCAGUGUACCUCUCAGAAAUGGCACCUGCAAAUCUAAGAGGAGCUCUUAACAUUGGUUUCCAAAUGGCAACAACAAUUGGAAUUCUGGGUGCAAAUCUUAUAAAUUACGCAACAUCAAACAUAAAAGGUCAUCUAGGUUGGAGAUUAUCAUUAGGGCUAGCAGGAGUACCAGCAGCGAUAGUAACCAUAGGAGGCUUAAUCCUUCCAGACUCCCCUAACUCUUUGAUUGAUAGAGGUCAAAGGCAAGAAGCAAGAAGAAUGUUAAUCAAGAUAAGAGGCACUGAAAAUGUGGAUGAGGAAUUCCAAGAUCUUAUUGAAGCUAGUGAGGCAUCUAAGGCAGUGGAUAAUCCUUGGAACAACAUAUUACAACCAAAGAAUAGACCUCAACUUAUCAUGGCAAUACUUAUUCCUACAUUUCAACAACUUACUGGGAUUAAUGUCAUCAUGUUCUAUGCUCCAGUCUUGUUUAAGACCCUUGGCUUUGGUAAUCAAGCCGCACUCAUGUCUGCUGUUAUUACCGGAGGUGUUAAUGUCCUCGCUACUUUGGUUUCCAUCUUCUCUGUUGAUAAACUUGGAAGAAGAGUUUUGUUCCUUGAAGGAGGUAUUCAAAUGUUUGUUUGUCAGAUAUUGACAGCAUUAUUCAUUGGCUACACAUAUGGAACUACAGGACAAGGCCAAUUCUCAAAAUCAAGUGCUAAUUUUGUGGUGUUUCUAAUAUGCACAUAUGUUGCAGCAUUUGCAUGGUCAUGGGGUCCUUUAGGUUGGCUAGUACCAAGUGAGAUAUUCCCACUCGAGACACGAUCAGCUGGGACUGCUAUUAACGUCAUCUUUAACAUGACCUUUACCUUCAUUGUUGCACAAUGCUUCCUUACCAUGCUUUGUUACAUGAAAUUUGGUUUAUUCCUCUUUUUCAGCGGCUUCGUCGUCAUUAUGACUAUUUUCAUAUACUUCUUCUUACCCGAAACUAAGAAUGUCCCUAUUGAAGAGAUGUAUGCAGUGUGGAAGGCACAUUGGUUCUGGGGCAACUAUAUUCCUGAUGAAGUUUUGGGUACCUAUGCUAAAGAUAUUCAAAUGCCUCAAAAAGCAUGACUUUUUUUUAAAUUAGAUUCAAUCUUUUAGGUAGACUUUUUAGGGUAUAUUUAGCGCACUCGUAGUUAUGAUUUUUGAUAGAAUUUAGCCAUAUUUGUCCUUGUUGCAUCACGGAAAGGCUAUAUUACUGCUUGAGUGCAGAAUAACUUUUUUUACCAUUCCUUUUUGUAGUCCUCGGACAAAUAAAUUUUUAUUUUUACCCAACUAUAAAUGAAGAUUAAAACUUCUUUUGUUA